CUCUGGCGCCGAGCUGGACCUGGGUGCUUUUCUCCUCCUUCAGGGAGGCGGAAAGCCGAGCCUUUGAUCCCGGCGAAGAAGCCCGGACUCGGGGCGCGCCCACCCACGCCGCGCAACCGAGCCGGAGAUCGGCGGCCGCGAGAGGGCUCCCUCGGUGGAAGAGGCGGCUCGCCCUCCGCCUCGCUUGCUUCGCCCUCCUCCCUCGCCGGCGAGGUUGGGCUUCCCAGGUUAGGCGCGGGUGCCGUUUCCUGCCACUCCUCCUCCGCUGCCAGCUCCGCAGAGCCUCAGCCGCUUGCCCGGUUUCUCGGCCGGUCCGCCCCCGGCGCAAGCCUCGACCGCGGCUUUGCGGCUGCGCCAGCCUCAUCCGAGCGACUGACUUGCAGAGCGACGGCGCGAGCGUUUGGGUUCCGGAGCGCCUGCCUCUCUCGUAAGCCUCUCGUCCCGGUCUCCGCCGUGAGCGCGAGCCGGCUCCGGACAGGCAACAACGGCUUCCUUUUCCAUCCAAGGAAGGGAGAGAGAGAGAGAGAGAGAGAGAGAGAGAUCCGGCGCCUCGUCCUUUCUGCUUUGCUGUCCUUCCUGGCGCGUGAUCCGAGUUAGGGAAAUACAAGUGUGACCUGGGAGAAGAGUUCUCGGUUCCAUGAUGCCUCCGAAAAGGUCCCGAGGGAAACUCCCUCAGAUAGCCACUCGUAAAAGACGCUCGAAGAGUCGGUGGAAGUCGGAGGAGCAGCAGAAGAGCAGCCUGCUUUUGGGAGAAGAGAAAGGGAAAGCAGGGAGCCCCAACAAAAAGGCCAGGAAGCGAAAGGGCACCACGGCCCCCCAGAGAAGUUACGCGGGGGAGAAUCCUAACAUCUGCACGGAGUGUGGGCAAACGUUCGCGCAGACUUUGGAUUUGGUGAGCCACCAAAGGAUCCAUGCUGGAGAAAAGCCCUAUAAAUGCUCUGACUGUGGGAAAGCCUUCAGCAUCAGUUCCAACCUGAGCAGGCACCAGAGGACUCACACCAGGGAGAAGCCCUAUCUUUGCUCAGAGUGUGGGGAAAGCUUCACAGACAAGUCAUCUUUGGAUCAACAUGUGCGAACCCAUUCAGGGGAGACCCCCUUCCAGUGCAUUGAUUGUGGGAAAAUGUUCCGGCAGAGUUCCCAUCAGAAGCGGCCUCUGAGGAGCCCCCCAGGAAAACAGCAGAGCAGCUGCACUCCUUCAGAGACUACUGUGGUCACCACCAGCUCAGCUCCUGGCCGUGCUCAAAGACCCCGCAUUUCUAAGAAGCAAGACUCUCCCUUUGAAAUCCCCCACACGUGUGCCGAAUGCUGGCAGAGCUUCAACCAGACCUCAGACCUGGUCAAGCAUAUGCGCAUCCACACGGGCGAGAAGCCUUUUGAGUGCAGCCACUGCGGGAAGUGCUUCAACGUCAGCUCCAACCUCAUCCGGCACAAGAGGAUCCACACAGGGGAGAAACCUUACACCUGCUCCGUCUGUGGGAAGAGCUUCACCGACAAAUCCACCCUCACCCAGCAUAACCGCAUCCAUACGGGAGAGAAACCUUACACCUGUAGUUACUGCGGGAAAAGCUUCAGCCGGAGUUCUCACCACAAGAGGCACCAGCGGAUCCACAUGGGGGAAAAUCCGGUCUCUCUCCUGCCUCUGUGGCCUUAUCCUAACCAAAUGUACUGAGAGCCCUUCUGUUGGGCAAGGCAGAAUUUCCACUCCACAUUUGCAGCUGAUCGUUCAACCUGGGUUUCACCUGGGUGUUUGGAUCCAGAGCAGGAAUGAUGCUUCACCUCUGGUGUGGAGCACACUCACUCUUCAGUAGUGGCCAAAAUUGUGGAAACCUUUUGGGAAAAGUGUAUUUUUGAGGUUUGAUGGCUAAUAACACUACUUUUUUUUUUUGGAGUAGUACCAUGAAAUUAUAUAUCA